AUGAGCGUGCGGUCCAUUGCGAGCUCUCUGGUGGCGUUUCUGGUCAAGCUGCUGUCCUUCUUCCGGGAGGUGGCCUGUGGACUGGAGCGGAGGCUGGCGAACGUGGACCCACCUGAGAGGCCGCCGCCUCCUCCAUCGGAAGCCACUGCCGCCAUCGAGGGGGGCGGGCACCUUGGGCCCUGCCUGGAGGAGCGGCUCCGUCGUCUGGAGGUGAUGUGCCAGGAGAUCAGCAGCAAGCCAGCUCAGAUACCAGAGGAGAAGGACCGGGUGCUCCUGGACUCGUGGGACCGGAUCAAGUCCAUCGAGUUUGACCUCGAGAAGACAAAGAAGGUGUGUACCCGUUGUUAA